AUGAUGAUUGAUGAGCGUGAAAAGAAGUUCGUUCUGCCAUUAGAAGGUCUCAAACAAAGAUCUGAAGACACGCAAUUCCUACGCCGUCCAAAUUUCAGCUUGUUCCAUUCAGAUCCCAAAGUGAACAUCUACAAGGAAUUUAAAACUUUAGAUUUGGCUGCAGACAACGUCAAUGCCCGAGAUAACUGGAAGGGAGCUCUACUUCGAGUCGGUGUCUUCCCGGAAAAGUCGAAACAAGCUCAGGAAGAUGAAAAGGCUGAAGAUGAUCUGAACCAGGAGAAUAACCCAAUUCUUAAACGACAAGUUGAGACUAUCCGCAACUUGGUGCAGUCCUACAUGAAGAUUGUGACCAAAACCCAACUUGAUUUGGUACCAAAGAUCACCAUGCAUCUUUUAAUAGACGAUGUGAAGAAGUAUCUGAAAUCGGAUUUGCUGCCUGCUCUUUACGCACUUGAUGCAAAUCGUCUGAUGGAGGAGUCGCCUGAAGAAAAGCGAAGAAAGCAGGACUUGGUGACAAUGUAUAACACCAUGAAGGAGGCCCUCAAUAUCAUAGCUGAUGUUACGACUCACACUAUCACAACUCCUGUUCCUCCACCUAUUACUGAUGAUUGGCUUGUAUCAGAAGUGGAGGGCAAUAGUGGCGCACAGAGGGUAGUGACGGCACCCUUUCGUCCAUCAAUUGGCCCAAAUAGAGGUAACCCCUCAUAUGUUUCCGUCAACAACAAUUCCUCGAACUCCCAACCACGCGUUGCACCCCCUAUUCCUCCAGCUUCACGACCUUCAAACGUUGGGCUCUCUUCUCUGGGUUCAGCUCGAACGGCUCCCCUAAUCCCACAACCCGCCCCCGCGUUACAUGCAAGUAAUUCAACUGGUGAUCUCUUUGAUUCUGGUGGUGGUUUCCCUAACUACUCUUCAUCCUCCAUCAAUAAUCAUCGCGCUGCCUCAACCAUUGCGCCCCCCUUCAUGUCUCCCUCCUCUAAUUCCCUCACUUCCAACUCUUCUUCCACUUGGAAUAGCAACAACGUGGGGCUGAAGGUGUUCGAUCCGAUGGCGAAAUCUUUGGGUAACACCACACCAAUAGCUACCAACAAUGGUCCUGUAGCUGGUGGGGCUCGAGCCCUGGCGUCUCAUUUCGAGUAA